AUGAUUGAGUUAGCGACUGCUUCUGAAUCUGUUCGUGUCGUUGAUAACAUUCGAGAUGGUUGCCAUCCCUAUCAGAGGAAGAGGUUCCGAUAUCAUCUUUAGCAAUCCAACGAAUCACAGAAUUUAUAAGUACACAAAACGAACUUGUUAAGCUGUAUGACUCUUGACAUUGAACACUUUCAUUCAACAACACAUUUUAAAAGUGAAGUCAUGUCCAUGUUGCAGUAUUUGGAAAAUUUGCUCAUUAUUUGGAAACUGCAUGAAGGAAAGUCUGAAGAAGUUUUCAUCAUGGAGUGCACAUUACUUUACCCACCCACAAAGUUGGUAUCCACUACCAGAAGCUGCAAUCCAGUUGAGUGAUAUGCCACAAUUGAAGCCCCUUACUACUGUUGAGCUUUGCUCGCAAGAGUGUCAACGACUUACAGAUUUCACCAGCGUUUAUGGAAGAGCAGUCAGGCAAACAACGGUACGCCAGGAAACAACCAUGGCAAAAGUGGGAACACUGCCACCCUCUUGCUAUCAAACGAACUUGCCAGUUCAAAAAGUUGUAUUGCAUCAAUAAGAUGCCCCGUACAGCGAUGCAGAAAGCGAAACAACCUUGGCACAACCUGUUGAAUUUGUCAAUGGUAACAAUGAUAAUUCCACUGAUCAUGAAGAUGAGUUUGAUUCCGACGUGAGCGAUGAUGAACUUGAUGAUGAAAUGAGACCUGCAACCAGCUAUAAUGGGCAUAAUGAUGUGCCUCAGUUAGUGCCUGAAGCUCAUUUCUUGAUUGGAACGAGAUCAAGGUUUGGAAGAACGGUACGCUAA